AACAUUUCGCGACAAGAAAAAAUUCUGAAAAAAGUGUUUCAAAAAUGGUUUCACCGGGAAAUUGGCUCCAGGUCAUUGUGGAUGGUGAGCAGCCCAAGCUGAAUACCCUGCCCUCGUGUGUCACUGUCAGUGAUGUCAAAUCGGAUAAUUAUGUGAGGCUCAUAGCCACCGAUAUAGCCAUCGAUGAUGAGCCACCAAGGGCCACAUUGAAGGUGUUUCGGGGCAUUGAUUUGGAAUCGGAACACGAGCUAAAGGGCAUACCCUCGGCCAUUGCCAGUUUGUAUAUUGAUGAAUCGGAGCCAAAGACACCAAUUGUUGCUGUGGCCAUUGCCGAGUCGGUGCUAUUCUAUCGCCACAUGAAACCCUAUUUCAAGUACACCCUACCCGAACUGGAUGUCCUGGAUGAGGAAAGGGAAAUCUGGCGCAAACUCAAUCUAGUGGGUGUGGAGGAACAGGAGGCCCUGAUUGAGGGCCUUAAGGCCCUGGAACGACCCAAGCUGACAAGGAAGUCACAGCAUUUGUUGAACCUGCUGCCACCAGAGAGGAAUGACUUUAUACGCCAACAAGCCGAAGGCUCUCUCAUACGUUACUCCAAUGUGGUGGCCCUCAAAUGCUUGGCACGAGUUUCCAGCGGCGAUUCCCAGCCACCCUCUCAUUUGGUCAUUGCCACCGACAAUGGGGAAAUUAUCAUUGUAGAACCCCAAAGUUUUGGAGUGCUCUAUCGGGUCAUGGCCUGCCCCGACAUCACACCCAGUAUGUUGGCCGUUAAUGGAUUUUUUGAGACAGAUUUCUGCAUUGCCAUUGCCACUCGUUAUGGGUCGGUGUAUUUGCUGCGCAAGGCAGCUGCUGAGGGCCAAGAAAUAUUCAAACUCUCUCAUCCCCUAACGGGACUGGUACUCCUACCAAUUGAUCAGACCAUUGUGGUAUCCUCAAUGGACAAGAAAUUGGUAUGCUAUUCCAAGAAGGGCAAACAGUUAUAUAUGGUCCCCCUGCCGGAACAACCCAUAUGCAUGACCAUGAUCAAUUUGAGCCAUUUGGGUCUAUCACUCAUCUGUGUGGCCCUGGAAGGGGGUCUGGUACAAUUUUAUAUGCAAAAAUAUCUGGUGGAUGAAUUUCAAAUUGAGGGCACUGUGAGUUCCAUGGUUUUUGGCUAUCUGGGGCUGGAAGAACAUGUCUUGUGUUUGACCACCCUGGAGGGGGAUUUGGUAAUCAAAAUUUUGAAAAGGACAGCCACAUUUGAACCAAAUCAGAACUUGGCUGGUCGUGGUUUUCUGGGUAGCAGUGAUAUGGUGCAUGCCUCAGUCCUCGAGAAGCCGAAAAAGAGUUCGAUUUUUGUGGAACAGGUGGCCAGAGAGAAACAAAAUGCCAAGGCUACCUAUGGCAGUUUCCAAGUUGAGCUAUGGCGGCUGAGACACACCGCCGCCCGGGCCACAGUGGAUGCUUUGAACUCAUCGGAACGUACCAUAUCUGGUGAUAUAACCCAUGCCCCGGUCAAAUUGUCGGCUGAGGUUUGCGGUGUGGGUCCUGUCUUUCGUUUGUAUCUGACCAUUCAAAAUCUGAGCACCUAUAAAAUGGCCUCUAAUCUAAUGGUUCUGCUGCAUGCCGAUCGGAGGCAUUAUACCAUACAGAAAUCGGUGGCAAAGCUCCCAAGCAUUCUGCCGGGUGUACCCCUGAAAAUCGAUUUCGAAAUUGUUGCCGUAUUGGAUCCCAAUGACAAAUUACCACCACACACUUUGACCCCCGAGAACUCACACAUACGAGUGAUGAUAACGAAAACUCAACAGACCAAACCUUUGAUUGCGGCCGUCAUAGAUAUGCCACAGUCGGAGGCGAAUUUUUAAAGCAUAUGUUAAGGCGCCAUUAAAUAUUCACAAAAAUAACUGUUUGUUAAUA